UUCUCUCCCCUGAAAACCUCCCUCUAUCCAACCCCCGCACAACCCCUCCAAAACAAAGAAACACACGUAAUUGAAUUUUUGCACCGGCUGAAAUUAACCGCGACCGCGCGACCUAACUCAACCAUAUGGAUAUUUUUAUUUUCAGUUUCCAUUUGUUUAUUUAUUUAUUUUAAUUUCUCAUUAAUUUAUUUCUUCCUGCGCUCCUCUAUAAGUAUAUACCAAUCGUGAUGACCUCUCUGCAGCGGUGGCUUGCAAGUCGCUUAAUUUGAUCAGUUUGAAUCGAAAUCGUUUGAAAAAGAUAUUCUUCUUUAUCAGUGAUUAAUUGCUGGAUAUAGAAUCUUUAGCAGUGAUCUGAAUUGUCGUUUUUUCAUGCUGUAUAAUUUUACUGCAAUAUUUUACAUGGUACAUCCACAUUUUUCAAUUUUAAAGAAAAUUUGUACGUUUUAGCUGUAUAGUGCGAGCAUUGAUAUCUCUCGCUUUGGCAUACUCUUUCGCUGAAUGUAUUUGUUUCUUUAUCAUUUUAUCAAACCGUGAGUUGGUAACCGAUACGAAUUAAGGGGACAUUAUUAGGAAAUAUCAAAGAUGUUUUAUUCAUCAGACCGCUCAUUCACGGAGGCAAUCAAGAAGGAAUAUUCAUGUUUGAACGGGUGCGUCUGAGCGCGUAACAUUUCAUAUUUAACGCGCACCGCCGCGCUCUGGAUAUAAAAAAAAGAACGUGGAAAAUGUUUUUGAAAGUCGUUACUAGGGUACGCUAGUAACAAGGGUUGGACGGUAACCGUGCGGUUAAUAAGCGUCAAUAAUGUUAGAUCGCACCACCGAAUUCCCGCCACUUGUUGCGCGCUUUUUGCCACCCUUGCCGGUAUGUUGACCUGUCAAAGGUUGUUCAUCUGAUCGUUGUAUAAUUGAUCCGAAAUGUUUGUGCCUGAAAGAAGUAGUAGUUCCAUACAACCUCAGAAUUCUCAGACGAAAGAUGACCCUUUAUUGGUGCUUUGGCUUCGUUCGUUGAAGUUUUCUAAUACCUCCAACGAUCCCUUGGAAAGUGUACAAAUAGAGAGGAGAUGUCUUGCCACCAAGUACAUCAGUUCUAAGAAGUCCAACAAUGAGCACAUGGCUAACUACUUGUUGAAAAAUGGCCUGGAAAGCUACCAUCAGCUGAUUGACGACAAAGCAGGGGUGAACAAUUAUUCAUCACACAUUGAAGCCCUGAAACCUAAUGGAUAUAAGGGUACUAUUGAUUGGAAAUCUUCUCUAAAAGAUCCAAAUAUAGCUCUGCAAUUUGUCAAGCCUGUGCAGUGUCAAAAAGACAAUUUGCUGGAUUGUAAAGGCAAAGAGUUUAAUGAUCAACAUGUAAAAAACAUUGUUGAUGUUUGGAAAAGCGAAGGAGAGUCAAAAAGCCGUAAAAUAUUGCUUCAAAAACCAUUUACCCAGAACACAGCAACCAAGCAAACAAUCCCUUCAGGAAAUCCUAUUGCAAAACCAACUGCGAGUAGUAUCUUCGGCAACACUCAAAAUCAAAUGAACUCUAACAAAGGCGAAAACCAACAUUAUGUCUCUACAAAUCCAGUUGGGUUACAUGGAAGAGUUCCUCAAAAUCUACCAAAUUCAUCCGCUCCAACCACAAGCAAGCUGAAUCUCAGAGUACUCAAUAGUCAUUCAGGUACAAACAGGGGCAUAGGCAGUAAAAAUAAUGAGCCAGCUUACCGACGAAAUAUUCGGCCGGUGUUUUCGAAAUAUGAAACAUCUAGCAAUUCCAGUCAGGAAGAAACUGACGAACCAUAUUUCAAGAAAAAUACUCCUCAAAUGUUCAAAACUGCUAAGGAGGAGCUCCAUGCACAGCAGUUAAAAAGAAAUAAAGGUGCACCUCAGAAACGUACGUUGGGGGGUAAGCCACCAAUCAAUAGUCAAUUUGUCUGUCCGAUCAAACGAAACGAUGAACAAGAAGAAGAGGUGAAUGGUUGCGAAGAUGAGAGAUUGAAAAACAUAGAUCCAAAAAUGAUUGAAUUAAUUAAAAAUGAGAUCAUGGACUCUGGAGCACCGGUUUCUUGGGAUGACAUAGCAGGGCUGGAGUUCGCUAAAACAACCAUAAAAGAAAUCGUCGUAUUUCCUUUAUUAAGACCAGACAUUUUCACAGGGUUGCGGCGACCCCCAAAAGGUAUUUUGUUAUUUGGUCCUCCAGGUACUGGAAAAACAUUGAUUGGAAAAUGCAUAGCUUCACAGAGCAAAUCUACCUUUUUUUCUAUAUCUGCGAGCUCUUUAACAUCUAAGUGGAUUGGGGAAGGAGAAAAAAUGGUACGAGCGUUAUUCGCUGUUGCACGUGUCCAUCAACCAGCCGUCGUUUUUAUAGAUGAAAUAGAUUCGUUGCUGAGUCAGAGAUCUGAAACCGAACAUGAAAGUUCAAGAAGAAUUAAGACUGAGUUUUUGGUACAGUUAGAUGGAGCAGCGACUGCUGAAGAAGAUCGAAUUUUAGUAGUUGGUGCAACAAACAGGCCUCAAGAACUAGACGAGGCUGCACGUAGGAGAUUAGUGAAACGUUUGUACGUUCCUCUGCCAGAAUUUGAGGCUCGAUGUCAGAUAAUAGAAAAUCUUUUGCGCUGUGAGCGUCAUAAUUUAUCAUCUCAAGACAUUUCCGAAAUCGCAAGACUUUCCGAAGGAUAUUCUGGGGCUGAUAUGACAAAUCUUUGCAAAGAAGCCAGCAUGGGACCGAUCAGAAGUAUAUCAUUUGCUGAUUUACAAAAUAUACAAGAGGGCGACGUUAGAGGGGUCACCGCAGAGGAUUUCAAAAAUGCACUCAGUUAUGUUCGUUCUAGCGUCUCACCAGAUGACUUAGCUACGUAUGUGUCAUGGGAUCGAACCUAUGGAACAGGUACGGCACAAAUGUACCAAGGAGGAACUUAACGUAUGUCAAAAUUGCAUUGUUCAAUGUUUUAUACUUUUUGUUCAAGUUUGAAGAAUAAAGGCUAUAUAUUUUUAAUCUGUCUUAACGAUUCUCUUAAAAAAAUAUGUUUUAGUUGAAUUGUUGAACAAACAGGUUGAAAGAUUUGACCGAUUUACCUA